GCUCAGAGCUGCGCUCCGGAGCUCAGAGAAGGAGAGAGUACAGGAGAGGAAAGGAGAGGAGUGGAGGAGAGGUAUAGAGAGAAGGAGAGAGAGAGUGCGAAAGAGAGAGAGAGAGGGAGCCGCUGCAGCUGCGCCCGGCCACUGCCAGAAAACCCAAACCACAGCCCAAAUGGAGGGACCAGCCUUUGGGAUUUAAGGAGCCCCGUCCGGAGCAGACGCCCAUGUGGAGGGGCCCCACCGGAGACGACCGGGAUUAAAAGGUAUCUUGGCCCCAAUGGGCCCCGUCAUGCCCCCCAGCAAGAAGGCAGAGGGCCCCGGCGUCAGCGUGGCCCGUGGCCUGAGCCCGUUCUGCCGCGCCAGCACCCUGGGGGAGGCACUGCAGGAGGCGGCCGUACUGGGGUUGCCGCUCUCGCCUGUCCUUAAGCCAGAGGAUGAGGAGCUCACCAACCUGAACUGGCUGCAUGAAACUGCCGACCUGCUCAACAGCUUCGGCGGCGACGCAGUACUGCGUAGCGUCAGCCCCGUGCAGGAGCCCGGCCGGCGCCCGCCCCCUUCGCCGGCGCCCCCUGAGGCACCCGGCGACCUGCGCCGCGACCCCAACGGCAAGCCGCCCUACUCCUUCAGCUGCCUCAUCUUCAUGGCCAUUGAGGACGCACCCGCCAAGCGACUCCCUGUCAAGGACAUCUACAACUGGAUCCUGGAGCACUUCCCAUACUUCGCCAGUGCCCCCACUGGCUGGAAGAACUCGGUCAGGCACAACCUGUCCCUCAAUAAGUGCUUCAAGAAGGUGGACAAGGACCGGAGCCAGAACAUCGGGAAAGGCUCCUUGUGGUGCAUAGAUCCUGAGUACCGGCAGAACCUCAUUCAAGCCCUGAAGAAGACCCCAUACCAGUCCUACUCCCAGGUCUUCUCAACGCCUCCCACUUCUCAGGCAUAUCAAAGCAUGUCAAGCCCGUGUCUUUGGCCAGGGAGCCCCUUUUUCAGAAAAAACGGAGGAGUCCUCCUGCAAGUCCCUCAGGGAGUGAUCCAGAACGGAGCUCGGAUGGUGAGCACGGGCUUGUUCCCUGGAAUCAGAGCACUUCCCAUCAACCCCCUGGGGAGCAGGACAGCCACGGUUAGGUCAGUACCAGGAAGUUUCCGGGCGCGUGGUGACAGCGGACCCCCUGACGACACCGGCGAUGGUGACCCCGACUCCCCGCUGGCCAACAGCGACCCCAAGCAGGACCACAACUACAGCAGCGCCAAAUCGUCCCAGUUUCGCGGGGGCGCCUCGCCCGGGUCCGACCCAGCGGAGGAGGCCGGUCGCCCAGUCGACGGCACCGGUAGCGACGCCGAAGAGGACGAGAGCAGGUCCCGGCCCGGGAAGGGGCUCGCGGACGCGGCAGCCGAGCCGAGCCAGCACAGGAAGCGGGCUCAUUGGACAAAAGGCAAACCGCGAGGGGACACACUGCCGCUGAAGAAGAGGCGCACGGAGAAGCCACCUGAGAGCGAUGACGAGGAGAUGAAGGAGGCGGCCGGUUCGCUCUUACACCUGGCCGGCAUGCGCGCUUGUCUGAACAAUAUCACCAACCGCACGGCUAAGGGUCAGAAGGAGCACAGGGACUCGCUGAAAAACUGAGGCUGGGGGGACGGCAGCAGAGCGCAUCACCUUAUCCAGAUAUAUUGUUUCUUUAGGGCAUCAGGUAAAGUUUAAUAAUUUGUGGCAAUACCAACCAUCACUUUGUUUUCCUGCCUUUCAGUUCCUGCGGGUUUUUUUUUUUUUUUUCGUUUGUCUUCCGUUGUUGUUGUUUUAUGUUGUUUAUGUUGUUGUUGUUUUAAGGAGAUUGAAGCCAUAGCAGAUCUUACUUUCUGAUACGCAGCAGCAGCGAUCAGAGAUGGCUACUCUUGUACAGGCCGGACAGGAAAGAGCAGGUCUUCAAUUUUCCAAAACACGAAGUUCCAUAGCAUUUUCCCUAUUUUUAAUGGCUGCGGG